GUACGUGUAAAAAAAAAUACCGUAAUGGAUUUCCACAGAUUUGUAAUGGCUGUCCUCUUCAAAGUGUUAGUGUCAACAACUCUACAGAUUUCACCGUGUCUCUCCGCCAUCUUUGUGUUUGGUGAUUCGCUGGUGGAUGCCGGAAACAACAACUACUUAGUUUCGCUCUCUAGAGCCGAUUUUCCUCCUAAUGGCAUUGACUUUCCGCCCGACGGCAAGCCCACCGGACGGUUCACCAACGGCCGAACCAUCGUGGACAUCAUUGGUGAAGAACUUGGAGUGGAGUCAUUUCCUCCACCAUAUUUGGCUCCCAACACACAAUCUAAUGCUGUUUGGAGUGGGCUUAAUUUUGCAUCCGGUGCUUCCGGUAUUUUGGAUGAAACAGGAAGUUUAUUUAUUGGUAGGGUGCCAUUGAGGCAGCAAAUAAGCAAUUUUGAGGAGAGCAGAAGACACAUGGUGGAAGUGAUGGGAGAAAGAAACACAAGCGAGUUGUUGAAAGAAGCCAUUUUCUCUAUAACAAUUGGGUCCAAUGAUAUCCUCAACUACAUCCAACCAUUGGACAUUCCCUUUCUCCAGGAUCACCCUACACUUUCUCCUCCCACAUUCCAAGACCUCCUAGUCUCUAACCUGUCCAUGCACCUUCAGCGAUUACAUGGACUGGGAGCACGAAAGUUUGUGGUAGUUGACGUUGGACCUCUUGGAUGCAUCCCAUUUGUACGUGCCAUCAAAUUUGUGCCCCAACAAAAAUGUUCAACGGAAGUCAACGCAUUGACUAGGGGAUACAAUCUUAAACUGAAGGAAGAGCUUGGUCGGUUGAACAGAGAUAUUGGACCUGAAGCAAUCUUCCUCUAUGCCAAUUCCUAUUAUGUGGUCAGGCAAAUCAUUCUGAAUUUCCACCACUUUGGAUUUGAGAACAGUGAUGGCCCUUGCUGUGGAGGGUAUGUUCCUCCAUUCCUAUGCCACUUGGGAAAGAAUGAAAGCAUAAGCUCAAUCAUGUGUGAGGAACGAGGAAAGUACGUGUUUUGGGACGCUUAUCACCCUUCAGAGGCCACAAAUCUCAUCUUAGCUCAGAAACUGCUUAAUGGUGAUAAAACUGUAAUUUAUCCCAUGAAUAUCGAUCAACUUCACAGUUAUAAGCUGUAGUUUAUGUUCAUGAUUAGCCACUCAAAUAAUUUAACUGGUUGUAAGCAAGUUGUUAUAUAUUACUAUGGUUGUUGUUGUUGGUAUUAUUAUUACUAUCUACUCCGUAUUAUUAGUAGUGUCUGUAUUCGUAUUACUAUGUAUUAUAU